AUGGUGAUUGAAGGAGCUGUUGUAACGGCAGUAAUGGUUGGACUUCAAUUCCUGGAUGUAGGUGGUGACACACUAGUGAAAUCAGCAACUAAAGAUGGAAUGAGUAUUUUUAUUUUUAAUGUUUACUCAAACCUUUUUGCUCUCUGUAUUCUUCUACCAUAUACCCUCUCCUAUCACAGAAAAAGAGCUCCUCCUCCAAUUUCAACUUCAAUUUUCUGUAGAAUAUUUCUUCUUAGUUGCAUCCAAACUUCAGUGCAGAUUUUAAUGAAUACCGGAAUUGGAUAUAGCUCUCCCACUUUGGCAUCUGCUAUGGUUGAUCUUGUCCCUGCUUUUACUUUCAUACUUGCUCUAAUUUCAAGGAUGGAAAUUCUAAAUUUGAAACAACAUAGUAGUCUAGCAAAAGCUAUUGGUACCAUGGUAUGCAUUGGAGGGGCAUUAACUAUAACACUAUAUAAAGGGAUGCCAUUGAUUAGCGAUGUCUUUCCAAAUACAGAAAUGGGAGAAAGUGGAAUUAACAUCUCAGGAAAAUCAGAUUGGAUAGUUGGAGCUUUUCUUCUUGCAACUGGUUGCUUUUUCCUUUCUGUUAUAUAUAUUGUCCAGUAUUGGAUUAUCAAGGAUUAUCAAGAAGAGUUGUUGGUAACAACUAUUUGUUGCAGUUUUACGGUAAUUCUAUCUAUUGUUGCAGCUCUAAUUGUAGAGGGAAAUUCAAAAGCUUGGAUACUCAGACCUGAUAAGAAAUUGGUAUCUAUUUGUUAUUCAGCAAUACUUUUACAAUCAACGAGAGAUGUUAUACAUACAUGGGCAAGUCGUAUGAAAGGACCAAUAUUUGUAGUUAUAUUCAAGCCUUUAAAUGUGGUUAUUGCAAUUGGCAUGGGAGUAAUAUUUCUGGGAGAUAACCUUUAUCUUGGGAGCAUGAUUGGAGCUGCUAUUAUAAUUAUUGGAUUUUAUGGUGUAAUAUGGGCACAGGCUCAAGAAAAACAGACGACAAGUGAAAAUAAUAUUCUCUCAUCUUCUUCGGCCCCUUUGAUGUCAAACAAAAGUAUGGAUCUAUAG